GGUAAUGUAGCAUUCUCUUGCUCCCAUCCCUUUCUCUGGAAAGAGGAGGAGGACUUUCAGGUCCCACAGCUUCAGGAAACCUGAAUUCAAGCCCCAGCAUAUGAAUUAGACAUUAUUUCACCAUGAGCCCAAUCUCUUGGCAUGUUGAUCUGAUAGAACAGAGCCCAGCCCACCUGAGAAGGGCAUCCAGAACAGGUAGGUCUCUGCUUUGGGCCUGGAACUAUGUCUGGUUGCAGAGUACCAAAUACAGGAAAGCCACUGAUUUACUGAAAUGAGUCCAGUGAAGGCCACCAAAAAGAUUGAGGGAGUUCAGGCAUCUGACAUAGGAGGAGAGGGUGAGAGAAGCCGGGGUUCAGGCUUCAGGGGAGAGCUAAACAGAGACCUCCUUGUUUCCUUCACUACCUCACAGGAAGGUACAGACUCAGAGAUGCAGAGUGAUGGACUGAGAGGCCAAAAUGCAAGUGGCAAGGAGGACAGUUCUGAUUAGAUGUUAGGAAAAUUAGUUGGCCUGUGACGGAGAUCAAACAGUACCACAGGGUCCCAGAGAAAUGGGCUAUCUCCAUCCUGUGAGACAGUGGAGGGGACAAGGUGCUGAGCAGAUGAUUGACGUCCUUCUUGGAGUGGGGGGAUAGACCAGAGACCCCCAGGGGUCCCUUCCCACCCUGGUUACAAUGUGGUUCAGUGCCUCACCCCAGCAGUGGAGGGAAACCUGGAUAGUGAGUGCAGGUUUAGCUCAGAUGUGAUGAGACAAAGCCUGCUGUGGUGUUUGAUCCUCCCCCCAGACGCACGGGGGUUGUAUUCUUUUCUGCUCUUUCAGGCUCUGAAUGGUUCUUGUGCCUAUCCCUGCUGGGACAGCUUCCUCUCACAUCUGCUCUCCUGUCAUUCUGCUCACAGAGAGUGACAGUGCCCUCUGCUCCCGUCUCACUUUGGAAACAUGUUUAGCUGCUGAAGCCUAAGCCAGCCAGCCACAAGGAUUCAGUCCUUGUUAGCAAAGCUUUCCUCCUCUGCCUGCAAAUCCAGCACUGACUCACAGCACGUCGCAGAUGUUUUCUCACUCCUCUCGCACAAUUUAUCCUUCCCUUUCCCACCCUGCGCCCAUAAGUUCCUCCCUUUCUAAAAUCACAGGCUUCUUCCUGCACUCUGACAACAAGCUCUCACCCCUGGUUCUUCCCCAGAUAUUCACACAGACUGUGCCAGGGCAGGACAAAUAUGACAGACUUUUUGAGCAGGUAUUUGGAGAAGGAUUCUCUCUCUGAAGCCUGGAGAAAGAGUGUACAGGGAAUGCAGCAACCUCCAGCUGUUUGAAGAGAUGCCGCAUCAACCAGAAUUGUCAUCUUUAGCUCCAGGAAAGUGCUGGGGUUAAUUUAAUGAUCAUUUUUAUUAGCUGCCUGUGCUGCAUGGAUAAUAACUCUGCAGCACAGGCGUGGCACAGAGCUGCUGGCACAUAUUCAGCCAGAACCUUCAUUUGCAAUCAUUCAUAGGUUUUAAACCUGCAAGUGUGUAUUUCCAAAUGCCUGGCUGGACCCCUAAGAAAUCAGGAAAAAGGAGGGUCCAUGUGAUCUCAGACAGCUGGGGAGAUGAGCUAGGCAUCACCUUUUCUGUAUCCAUGAAAGGAAAAGACCAGUCCUGGUUGGAGCAGGGGUUAUUCAGGAUCACAUUGGAUGGACAGGGUGUAGCAGGUUUUCUUGCUUUUGCAGCAUAACUGUCCCAUCCUGCACAGAGGAAAGGACAUGGAGAGAGAAAAUCCUUCCUGCAUUUACCAGUUGUGUUGGGUUGGCUUUUCCCUACCACCUUCUUCCCCAUCCGUUCUAAGAGAAAAGCAGCAGGGAGAGGGACAUCCUUCAGCCUUGCUUAGUCCCUCGGACCCUUGCAUGGCCCAGCCCUGCCCUGUGGAGGUGAUCCAUGACCACUCUCAGCCACAACUGCUUCUCUCUGCUAUCCUGAAGACCUGUUUGUGCUCUUCCAUGCUGCCACUCAGGAGAGACAUCCCUGAUGGCCUCGCUUUUCCUUGGUCAGCCCAUAAGCACUGCUACAGCCCCAGGGGAGAGAAAUUUCAGCAGAGAAGUGAGAGCCCCUCACAGCCUCUUCUCUAGCUGGUCCAUGGUCCCCCCUCAUGCUCAGAAGUCCUGGUCUCCAUCACUCCUGGCUCUGUGGGGACCUGCUUCCUAGGACUAUUGGGGAGAAGCCAGCCUGGUGGGAAGUUCUCUGCCCUGGGAGUAGGAAUCUUGUCACUCCAAGUCCUGAGCCCAGACCUGCUUCAUCCUCCUAGGCUUUGUGUCAGUCUCGCUGCCUGGUCACUGCAAAGUUCUUUGGGAAUGACAAUCAGUCACUCCCUGGCCACCCUCUGUCCUCUCCAUCCACCAUUUCCAGCUCAUUUCCUUGUAGUCCUGCUACCUCUUGAAAGGUGAAGAGUUCUGGGUUAACAAGUCUGACCUUGCCCUAACCUUGUAAGUGCAAGUCAUGGCACAGCGCUGGAGUCCUGACGCUCCACUGUGUCCCUUCCCUUCCAGAGGGGCUUGUGCAACUCUGGUGCUGCCAGCACCACUUCCCCUGGGGCCCUCGUGAUGCCUGGCCCAGCUGGUGGGGACUUCUUGGAGGAGGAGGCAGGUUCUACGUGCCUACCCACAGAGCAGCGCUGGGUCCAACAUGAGCCUCUCUGUCCGUGGCUCCCGGGAGAGAGGUGCCGCCGCCGCGUCCCGGGGAGAGGAGCCGUCGCGGGUCCGGCCGGCGGCCGCCCAGGCCGGGAAGGAGCCGCCGGAGAAGCGAUGCAGGAAGCCAUUACCAUCACUGAGCAGCCAGUCUCCAUCUCUGUCCCAGUGGGAUACUCCUUCACACUGCGGUGCCGAGCCGAGGGACACACCUUGCUGCAGUACCAGUGGUUUUGUCAGCACCAGUCUGACUGCCACCAGAUUCCUGGAGCAACCAACCCAGACUUGCCCAUUAUUGCAGAGCAGACCCAGCUCUACACCUGCAGAGUCAAUGACCUCUACAGAAAUGCUGUCUUCUCUGACUGGGUGAAGGUGGAGGUCCAUCAGUGUGUCGCCAGAGGUUUGCCCCCUCGGCUGUGGCGAGGAGAGCCCGUCAUCAUCCUCAACCCCACGGAGCAGAGGGUGGAGGUGGGGAAGCCACUGCAGCUGCAGUGUGCUGCCAUGGGGGUCCCAGCCCCCUGCUACCAGUGGUACCGGAAUGGGAACCUGCUGGAACAGCACAAGAGAAAAAAACUCUGGAUCACCCAUGCCAAGGUCAGUGACUCGGGCACGUACCUCUGCUGUGCCUCCAACAGUCACGGAGAGCACUGGACCAACGCUGUGGACGUUCACGUAGGUACAUGUGGCUCUGAAAAGUUUUUUGCUACAGGCAAAAUAGCACUUUUAGUGGGCAACAACCGCUACCAGCAUCAUCCCAACCUCAUGGCUCCUGUCAAGGAUGUGUUUGAGCUGAGUCGUCUUCUGGAGCAGCUGGGCUUCCAGGUGGUCUCCCUCCUGGAUCUGAACAAGGCUGAGAUGGCGACAGCGGUCAGUCAGUUCCUGCAGCUCCUGGAAAAGGGAGUCUAUGCUAUAUUCUACUAUGCCGGGCAUGGGUACGAACAUCUGGGGAGGAACUACAUGGUCCCUGUUGAUGCCCCCCAGCCCUACGCCCCUGAGAACUGCAUCAGCGUGCAGAGGAUCCUCCAGAAGAUGCAGCAGCAGCAGACAGCCCUGAACAUCAUCUUGCUGGACACCUGCAGGAAGUGGUACAACCCAGGACGUGCCCUCUCCCAGGUGCAGCCACUGGAGCCCUGGGGAAAUACUGUCUAUGGCUAUGCCACGAGUGAAGAUGCAGAAGCCUAUGAACUGCAGGAUGGGGAGUUUAGCUCUGGGAUCUUCAUGAAAUACCUGAAGAAACACAUUCUGAAAGAGAAGAAGGUUACACACAUGUUGGAGGAUGUGUUGGAAGACAUUGGCCGGGAUCCCCUGGUCACUGGGAAGCAGGUGAUGGAGAUCAAACACACCCUGAAGGAAGCCCGGUCCCUGACAGACCCCAUCUGUCCCUCCGGCGCAGGUGCCGAGCGCUGGGGACACAACCACGAGCCGCUGAGCAGAACACUGACCUUUCCCUGCGGGGCCCGGGCAGAGCUCCGCUUCCUGCGGCUCUUCUCCAACCUGAUGUCCGUGUGUGCAAAGCUGCAGCCCCCCCCGGCCCAUGUCACUGCCCCUCGCCUCCUGCUCUGCCAGCCCCCGGAGAUGGAGGCUGUGGCCAUGCAGAGGGAGAGCCGUCUGGACCAUGUGGAGACUCUGCUCGCCUCCGUGUACAAGUGGGAGGAGCUGGACUGCGUCUUCCAGCUCUGUGGACUUCAGAAAAUUCAGACGGAUGUGGUCCUGCAGUUGGAUUUGCAUUACACCCAGCCGAGCACAAAGCAGAGGACUUGUGAAAGCCUGCGAACGACCCUCCAGAAAUCCCUGCUGGGGCAGUUUUUCAGCCAGAGGAACGACUCUCAGCCAGACUCCCAGCAAACUCCUGCCAGCACAGGCACUGUGUGCCUCCGGGACACACAGGACCCAAAGGGACAAGGAUCCCUGAGGACAGGCUCUGGCCACAGCUUGCCCAGCAGCAGCCCCUCCACCUUCAGCAGCGAGCCCGAGGAGAACGACGAGAGCGACCUGGGCGAGCUCUGCUCGGCGCUGCUCCGGGCUGGCCCCUGACCCUCCACCCUGGUUUUAAUUGAGGCAACAGCUCUGAAUCCUUCAGAAUCCACAGCUGCCUCCCAGUCUCGGCAUCACCCUGUCCCAGUGAGGCCAAGGAUGCUUUCCUGGAAAGGCUUCUCCCAUCUGCACCCUGUGGCGUGCGGGGCCUGAAGCCCACUGGGACUACCCCCAGUCCCACGUGAGCGUCGGGAUCAGUGGGGAGUCACUGUGGUGUCUGCAGAGGACAGGGCCACCCGGCCAGUCAUAACACUGCCAAGGCACUGCUGCAAGUCAAGGGCACUGCUGGUAUCUUCUGCCCGAAAACAAACGUUGCAGCAUUAAAUGUGAUGAGAAACCCCCAAACACUACAGCCCCAGCUCCAGUCCCAGCCGUGGCUGCUGGCUGCCACCACACCUGUGCAAGGGACACGGGGCUGCACCAAGGGGACCAGGUGAAAUGGUGUGAGCUCUCCCUGGGGUAACAGUGUUGCUUUUUUCCCAUGCCUGUGUCAAAGCAGGUGUUAAGUUAUGCAUUUAUGUGUUUCUGAAGAGUGUAUUUAUAAUUGGGGUGACAGUCACUUGCCAGGAAAAGGAAGUUCCGUCCAGUGUGUGUUUAGGGGGGAGGCUGGUUUUCCACCAGGAACAGCCACCAGGAGUAGCAGG